AUGCCCGAAGCCCUUCUGAAGCCUCCGAAACGAGUCCUCGGCGAUGCCACCAGGAUUCGUGGAAGCCUUCAGCCUGUGUCGCCCAAUGCCGUGAAAAAACGGAAGCUUGAAUCCGAUCAACCCAACAUAAUCACAAAACCUCGCCUGCAUGAUGGGUUUCGGAAACCUGCUACGCCUAUUUCCAGCCAGUCUCAACCCAAGAGCCAAUUCGUCGAAGAGGUUUUGGAGAAAUUAACUCAAGAUAUCAGCGGGCUCAAGGAGUCCAAUGCUGAGAAAGAUCAACAAUGGGAACGCCCUAGCCUAGGUGAUUUUGAUUCAACUAGAGACUCGCUUUGCUUCCAGCAGAUUGAAGCUGAGGAGGGCAGGUUCUCAGGUGGCCAAACUGCAGUCAAGUUGUUUGGUGUGACAGAGGCCGGCCAUUCUGUCCUCCUACAUGUUACCGAUUUCAAGCACUAUUUAUACGUUGCGGCGCCUGUUUCCUUUACGACUUCAGACUGCGGGCCGUUUCAGGCGUUUCUUGAGACCAAAAUAGCACACCACCAGGAAGUUAUACAUUCAGUGACGAUGGGAAUGAAAGAAAAUCUCUUUGGAUUCCAGGGUAAUCAGCGAAAUCCUUACCUGAAAAUCACGGUGACGGAUCCGAAACAUAUCAAUGUCGUCCGAUCGAUCAUUGAGAAUGGAGAUGGGAAUUAUAAAGGUCUUUGGAAAGUUAUCGAUGGCAUUCUCACCUUCGACAAUAUCCAGUAUAUCUUGCGUUUCAUGAUUGACACUGGUAUUUCCGGCAUGUCCUGGGUCGAAGUGCCUCCCUCCAAAUAUAAAAUCGUCCCUGCACAUGCCAGGCAAUCAAAUUGUCAAAUAGAGGCAACCGUGUCCUACCGUGACCUGAUAGCCCAUCCCCACGAUGGUGAAUGGGCAAAAAUGGCCCCUCUGAGAAUUUUAUCUUUUGACAUCGAAUGCGCAGGAAGAAAAGGCGUUUUUCCAGAAGCUCAUCAGGACCCAGUGAUUCAGAUUGCCAAUAUCGUUACAAGAUAUGGGGAAUCCAAACCUUUCGUUCGAAACGUAUUCGUUUUGGAUACCUGCAGUCUGAUAGUCAACACUCAGAUUUUGGAGUUUGACGAUGAGAGAAAGAUGCUCAUGGCCUGGAAAGACUUUCUGCAGAAGGUUGACCCUGAUGUGAUUAUCGGCUACAACAUUGCAAACUUUGACUUUCCCUAUUUACUUGACCGGGCGAAGCACCUGGAUUGCAGCGGAUUUCCAUACUGGUCAAGGCUGAAGUCGGCGAUCUCACAAUCGAAGGAUUCCAACUUCUCAAGUAAACAGAUGGGCAACCGAGAUACCAAAUCCACUAACACUAAUGGAAGAAUCCAACUUGAUCUUUUACAGUUGGUUCAACGUGACCAUCAGCUUCGCAGCUAUACUCUAAAUUCCGUGUGCUCCCAUUUUUUGGGUGAACAGAAAGAAGAUGUGCAUCAUACGAUGAUCACAGAGCUUUUUAAUGGCACACCUGAUUCACGGCGACGCUUAGCGGUUUAUUGCUUAAAGGAUGCCUACCUCCCUCAGCGAUUAAUGGACAAACUGAUGUGUCUGGUGAAUUAUACUGAAAUGGCUAGAGUCACUGGGGUGCCCUUUAAUUACCUCCUAUCCCGUGGACAGCAGGUCAAGUUUAUAUCUCAACUUUUUCGAAAAGCUUUGGAGCAGAACUUGGUUAUUCCAAAUCUACGAAAUGAGGGUGGUGAGGAACAGUACGAAGGCGCCACUGUCAUUGAACCGGUCAGAGAUUACUACGAUGUUCCAAUCGCCACGCUAGAUUUUGCGUCUCUAUACCCUAGUAUCAUUCAAGCACACAACCUCUGCUAUACAACCCUCCUUAAUAAAACUAGUGUGGAAAAACUCAAAUUGAAGAAAGAUGAAGAUUAUAUCGUUACACCAAAUGGCGACAUGUUUUGCACCGCCCAUGUUCGCAAAGGCCUUUUAAGCCAAAUUCUAGAGGAGUUAUUAUCCGCGAGAAAACGAGCAAAGAAAGAGCUUGCCGUCGAAACUGACCCGUUUAAAAAAGCUGUCUUGAAUGGCCGUCAACUGGCCCUUAAAAUCAGCGCAAACAGCGUGUACGGCAUCACUGGUGCUAGUAACGGGAAGCUCCCCUGCCUAGCUAUUGCGAGUAGCACAACCAGUUAUGGCCGACAAAUGAUUGAAAGGACAAAAGAUGAAGUCGAGAAGCGGUAUACGAUAGCGAACGGAUAUGCACACGAUGCAAAGGUCAUUUAUGGAGACACCGACUCUGUUAUGGUUAAAUUUGGUGUUCAAGAACUGUCCGAAGCGAUGAAGCUUGGGCAAGAAGCUGCCGAUUUUGUUUCAGCGAAAUUCUUGAAGCCGAUCAAACUUGAAUUUGAAAAGGCCUCUUCUGGACGAAUCCAGACAAGUAUGAUAAAAUGGAUAGCAAAGGUAUUGAAACUGUUCGACGAGACAACUGCCGGUUGGUUCAAACAGUUAUCGAGACUGUUCUGA